AGCCCAGACCGGUUUAGUAGAACAAGUUGGAAAAUCUUGUGGGUGGGGAAUUGAGAAGUAAGGAGAAAAGAAAAUGCUGCUAGUAAGCCAAGUUGCAGGAGGAGGAGCUUUAUCCGCAAGAAGAUGCGCAUGCGCCUGUACCCACUCUUCUCCUCCACAAUUCACCCACCAAAAACCCCCUCUUUUCUUUUCCAAUCCUAAUCCCGCCGCCGCCACCCUCAUUUCCAAUAAAACACAUCAUCCCUCUCGUCGCUUUCAUCUCACUCUUGCCAAGGCUGAUGGCAGUGUCGAUGCUACUCCAAACCAAUCCCUUUCUAACGACACCACCAACACUUCAAAUCCUCAGACUUUCAGAACCGAUUUUGUGGGUCAGGAAAAUGUGCCUUUGGAAGGUGUGAUUCAGUUUGAUAAAUCCUCUUCUAAUUCACGCUUACAGAAAUGGGGUCGUGUAGCUUUGUUUUCUGGUGGGGAUGUAUUGGCUUUGCUUGUAUUCUCUGCAAUUGGGAGAUUUAGCCAUGGUUUUUCUGUUUUUGACUUUGACACACUUCGCACUGCUGACCCUUUCAUUGCUGGGUGGUUCUUGGGUGCUUACUUCCUCGGGGGUUAUGGGGAAGAUGGUCGAGCUAUGAAUGGUGUUUCCAAGGCUGUUGUUGCUGCUGUUAAAUCUUGGGCUGUAGGGAUCCCACUAGGAAUAAUUAUAAGGGCAGUAGGGUCAGGCCACAUUCCGCAAUAUACUUUUGUAUUGGUAACAAUGGGAAGCACUGCUGUUUUACUUGUUGGAUGGAGAACACUAUUAUCCAGCAUUCUUUCUUCUAACCAGAGUAAGAAGAAUGAUGAUUAUCGUCGUGGGAGCCCCUUUGAGCUAUUAGAGUUGCUUACAUCAUUGGUGAGGAGAUGGUGAUUGUAAAAACUAUGUUUAUCUACUUUAUUAUUUUCUCUCGGCAUCAAUAUUUUCAGUUUUGGCUUCAUACUCUGUAGUCACCAGCUACCAUUGUAACAAGGUAUGGAAAAAAUCCUGAACAGAUGCUAAUUGUAUAUGAUCAUUGUCUAUUUCGAUA